AUGAGUAAUAUAAGUAUACAUUCUUUUGAAGGAAAGCGCAUCUUGUGUACAGCUGAUGUUCGAGGACACAUCUCUGAAUUAAAUAGACUUGCCCGUGAGUUUAACGCGCACUAUAUCAUCCACACGGGCGAUUUUGGUUUCUAUGAUAGAUCAAGUUUGGACAGAAUUGGUGAAAGACCUCUCAAGCACUGGAUCCAAUACACCACCUUGAUGCCAUCGCAAACUCGUUCUAGAUUACUGGCAUCCAGUCCAGACCAAAUGUAUCGCACGUUGGAGCAAUCACCUCAUACACUUUUAUCUGAAUUCUCUGAAUUUUUAUCAGGCAACAAGCAACUGGAUGUCCCCGUGUACACAGUGUGGGGUGCUUGUGAAGAUGUCGCUAUUAUUGAAAAGUUUCGCCAUGGAGAGUACCAUAUCGAUAACUUGUUUUUGCUGGACGAAGCAUCUACUCAUGUUCUGGAUGUGGGCGGUGUCAGUUUGCGUUUAUUUGGGUUAGGUGGAGCUGUAGUACAACAUAAAUUGUUCGAUAAUGGUGAAGGCACAGAUACAAUUGCUGGAGGUUUAGGCGUCAUGUGGACCACUGCACUGCAAAUUGGUGAAUUGGUAGAGUUGGCUUCCAAUGUCUAUGAUCCAACUGAAACGAGGAUGCUGGUGACACACGCCAGCCCUGGAAGAGAAGGGUUAUUGGCUCAACUUGCUCUUACAUUGCACGCUGAUUUCACCAUUUCAGCAGGCUUGCAUUUCCGUUACAAUAUCGCUUACAAUGAAUUUGCUUGUCAACCAGAAAUCGAUCAUUUCCGCAACAGACUGAUUCAAUCACAAGAGCAGUUUAUGCAAUUAUGGGAUGCUAUCAAGGAACAAGUGGAGGAAUCUGUAGAUGAACAUCAAUACGCUCUACUUCGCAAUGCUUUGAACGUUGUGAAUCGUAUACCGCCUUCUUUGGCCGAUCUCGAAGAAAACUCUUCUCAAUCGUCAAACUGGGAAAGAGAUGAAUUGGCAUUCAAAAACAUGUGGAAUUUCAACUUGCCUGACGCUGCUUAUGGUUCACUUUUGUUCAACAUUCAUCAAGGCAUUGUAGCCUCUGAAAUGAGAUCCUACGGUCUUAAUUUCUCUUAUCGCAAGCAACAGCAGCAACAGCAAGCAGCAUCGUCUCCUGCUCCAUCCACCAUCUCCGCCGCAGAGAAGCCUAAUCAAUACAGAAAUAGCCCUUAUGAACAACAACAAGACACAGCUGAUACCACCAAUUAUAAUACCAAUCGUAAUUCCAAACGACAAAGCAUGCAACGUAAUCUUUAUACUGCGUAUGUGGGUGGACUAUCUAAUACGACAGUGACCGAAGAAGACAUCAGAGAAUACUUUGGUCAUGACAAUGUCAUUGGCGUCAAGUUCCCCAUUGACCCUACUACACAAUUACCAAAAGCGCAUUGCUAUGUUGAUUUCGUAAAUCAAUACACGCUGGAACAAGCCUUGACUAAAAACGGCGCCAUCUAUCGUGACAACAAACUAGUCAUUAACAGACCCAACACUCAAUUUUCAGACAGUAGAAGAGGCGGAAGAGGCGGUAGAGGCCGCAAUUAUCGUGAUAGCAGAAUCAUGAAUGAUCAUUAA